CAUAUAUCCAAGACGGACGGCUGCAUACAAAUUCUACUACAAUUCCAUACUGAGGUCUCGGUCUCUGAAUUACUGCAUCCAGCAUCCCUCAUCACAAUGGCACCAAACUGGGAUCGAUUAAUCCGCUUCAUUGCGACAGACGGUCGCGAGCUGCGGGGCCAGCCAAUCCUACCCUCACCAGACUUUGACGUGGGCACAACCACGGAACAAACAGGCCUGAAAGCAAAGGUCAUUGAUGUCAAGAACAACGAUAUCUUCGACCCGGCGACAAAAGUCACAGACGAAGAGGUUACCGUGAAGAAGCUGCUCGGUCCCGUGACGCAGGAUGAAGUACCAAUCAUCCGGUGUAUAGGCCUCAACUUCAUCAAGCACAUCCAAGAAGGAGGCCGCACACUGCCACCAUACCCCUCUACCUUCAUCAAAGCAAGCACGUGCCUAACCGACCACGGCGCCCCCAUUGUCAUCCCCAAGAUUGCGCAGGACAACCAAGCCGACUACGAAGGCGAACUCUGCUUCAUCAUCUCCCGCGACGCAAAGGACGUGUCUGAAGCAGAUGCCUACAGCUACAUUGGCGGCUACCUCUCCGGCAACGACGUGUCCAGCCGCAAGCUGCAGCGCGACCCGCUGCUCGCCGGCACAGUGCCCCAAUGGAACUUCUCCAAGGGCUUCGACACGUACGCGCCGCUCGGCCCGCAGAUCGUGAGCACGAGCGUGAUUCCUGAUCCCAGCAAGCUGCAUCUCAAGACAAUUGUCAAUGGCCAGUUAAGACAGGACUCGGGUAUUGAUGACCUGUGCUUCAAGAUCCCUACGCUCGUCGCGUACUGCAGUCAGGGUACCACGCUCAAGAAGGGCACUGUGUUCAUGACGGGCACGUGUGCGGGUGUCGGGUAUGCCAUGAAGGAGCCGCAGUUUUUGAAGCCCGGCGAUGUCGUCGAGGUUAAUGUUAGUCCGCAUGUGGGCACGCUGAAGAAUGUGGUCGAGUUUGCUUAGUGGAGGUUGGUUUGCAUGGUUUUUUGCGUAUUGCUGGAGGGGUAGAAAAAUAUUCAUUAUUCUGUAUCUGGUUGAAAUGGCCGUUGUGAGAGGUAUCGACUGGGAAGUUAUGGAAAUCUUACAUACAUGACACUGAUGUCGCUGCCAUGUUUGUCUAGCGUUGUGAUUGUGGUAUGUGGAACAAAAAGCGUGAAGCGAAUAGAAGUACAAGAC